ACGCGGAUGACGCCGAUGAUGCGACGCGCGGUUAGUUCGGUUUGUUAUCUUGACGCGGUCGGUUGUGUAGUGUGUGCUGCUGCUGCGGGUGCCUGUUGUCAGUCUGCGGUCUUCAUGUGCGUCGGCGGAAAGCGAAACUAUGUCUGCGGACACCCCGUUGUGUGCGAGCGACACCGUUUAUAGCGUUUCUGCGGUACCAGCGCUUCCAGCGAUGUCCGACGAGGACGAGCUGACUGAGCCACGCGGUCCGAGUUGUAGGCCCGACCAAGACGCUGAGCCGAACGGCGCACAUUCAAAGGCAGACUUCGUGGCAUUCCUCAGGCGUCACUUGUGCCAAGACGAGGACAGACUUGCACGGGGUAAGAACAUCACCGUGUCCUGUUCGGAGACACGGGAUCGAACGGGCAUCAGUUUGCUGGUCCAGCAGAACCAGGAGCUGCGGUUCAAAGUGUUCAUCCGUGUCUCCAGUGGAUCGACACCUUACGUGUUGCUCCUGGAAUGUGCAUUGCUCUAUCCUGGGCCGCUGGUUGCUUUUAGCGACCCUACUGAUCUCGCUGCGGGAGACAAAGAGAUUAUAAUUGCACCUGGAUCAAGCUAUCCCAUUGGCUUGCAAUGUUUCUCUCAAGACACUGGAACAUUUGUUGUUCCCUUGGCCCUUACUUUCCAGCAGGGUUGCUCCAGCUUAAAGCAGUUUACUGUUUUAACAUUUUUAGAGGUCAGCUGCUCUGAAAAUACCUUUCUGGAACUCCUGGAAGCCAACAUUCCAAAGAAUAUUUCUGCACCAGUUUUGGAAGAGGACUGCACCUCUUCCAAAAAAUCUUCCAAACGGAAAGAUGCCUCUGCCGAAGCUUUGGAAGAUGACUAUUUCGAAGGCGUCGGAUGUUUGGAAGUCAGUUGCUCUAAAAAUGCUUCCGUGGAACCUCUGAAAGUCAAUAUCCCCGAGAGCGCCCCUCUACCAGUUUUGGGAGACGACUGCUCCAAAGAUGUCUCUGCUGAAUUUCUAGAAAAUGACUGUUCCGAAGGUGUUGGACACUUGGUAGUCAGCUGCUCUGAAAAUACUUCCAUGGAACUUCUGGAAAUCAACAUCCUCAAGAAUACCUCUAUACCAGUCUUGGAAGAGGACUGCUCCAAAGAUGCUCCCUCUGCUAAACUUUUGCAAGAUGUCUGUUCUGUCAGUGUUGGGCUUUCAGAACUCAGCUGUUCAAAGAGCACACCUGUGGAAACUUUGGUGGUCAACUGCCCCGAAACUGCUUCUGCAGAGAAUUUAGGCAUCAGCUGGUCUAAGGGCUGGUCUGGAGACAUCUCUGUGGAGCCUUUAAAAGUUGAGUACUUCUCGAGAAGCACCACCACUUUUGGAGGUUCCACUUUUGUGGAACCUUCAAAAGUCGAAUACCCCAAGGAUGACUCUGUGGAAGAUUUGAAAGUUAACUACUCCAAGAACACCUCUGGGGAAGCUCUGAAAGUCAACCGCUCUAAAAGCCGCUAUGUGCAGGAUGUGGAUGUUGAGUACUCCAGAAACAGUUCUCUGGAGUUUUUGGAAGUGAACUUUUACAAAAAUGCUCCUGUAAAACCUUUGGCAGUGAAUGGAUUCAAGAGCACCCAUGGCUGCAAUGGCAGCAAGGGUUAUCAGCCUUCUUUUUGUGUGCACAACCCACAAAGAAUUGGCUUCAGGAAUUUCAGGGGAUUUGGACGUGGACUUCCCAAAGCUCGAUGUGCUGUCGAGGCAUCUGUUCAAGGUAAACCCGUAUCUGACCUGCGAUACAUAUUACCCCUUGGCUUCUACCAUCCUCCCGAGGAGUAUCUGGACCUUUAUGAGCAUGGCAUGGAGUGCUGGGAUGGAAUGCAAGAGAAGCAGGCCAUGUUGCUUAAGGGACUUCUGGAGCGCUUGAAGAGUCCACUGUCCCCAGACACCUACCUCGAGGUGUUUUCAACGCUACUCUUUCUUGAGGAGAUCAAGAUUGACGCGAAUUUUCGGAAACCUGGCAAUGCCAGCUUGCAUCUCAGGCCACUCCCAAACUAUGGAGGAUGGUUUGUUUUGGAGGUUCCAGAUUCGUUGGUUGGAAACUCUUCUAUUCUGGAGGGAAGCAACGUCAAGGUCGAUCUCUACUCUGGCCAAAAGAAGCUGGGUCCUAAAUUUGCGGGCAAAAUCACGGAGAUCAAGACCGGAAUGAUCUUUCUCAAAUUUUCUGAAAGGUUUCAAGAGACAUACAAGGAAGGCAUGAAGGUAGAUCUGCGUUUUGUGUUGAAUCGGUUGCCACUUCGCCUCAUGCAUCGUGCCAUCAGAAUGUGCAACGAGCGAAAGCUCUGGAACUUCGUGCUACCAGAUUGCGAUGACCCUUCACGGCCUGCUGUGAAUAUUAGUGAACUCAGCUUCUUCAACCGCAGUAUUGCGACCAAUGCGGAGCAGUGCAGCGCAGUCGAGAACAUUGUCUUGGGUUUGCACCGACCAUACCCGUUCCUCCUCUUUGGACCACCUGGAACUGGGAAGACCGUCACCCUGGUGGAAGCUUUGAUCCAGGUCUGCACGCUGAUCCCAUCGAGCCACAUCCUGGUGGUGGCACCAUCCAACAGCGCUUGCGACAACCUGGCAGAGAAAUUACUGGGUUAUCUAGGGCCGUCGCAGAUACUCAGGAUAUACUCUGCCUCUGUGCACCGGAGCAAGCUGUCCAAGAAGCUGCAGCACUGUUCAAACUACGUUGCAGGUGGGACCUUCUUCUACCCUGACGUUGAAGACUUGCAGAAGUACAGGGUCAUUGUCACAACUCUUGCUGGCUCUGGAAAGUUGGUGUCUGGGCAGGUGCCCAUAAACCACUUCACGCACAUCUUUGUUGACGAGGCUGGACAGUCGCUGGAGCCAGAGUGCCUCAUCCCUGUGGUGGGGCUCAUGACUCCAUGGAACCUAAAGCGCAAGGGCACGGGGGGACAUCUGAUCCUGGCGGGAGACCCGCUCCAGCUGGGGCCCGUUGUCUGCAACCAGUGGUGCCGGGACCACGGACUGGGAACGUCUCUCCUUGAGCGACUCAUGAAACGGCCUCCAUACAAGCGCCAGGCAGACGGUUGCUACAACCCACGGAUGCUGUCAAAGCUGCUCAAGAACUUCCGCAGUCACAAAGACAUCCUCGAAAUCCCAAACAAGCUGUUCUACGAGGGAGAGCUUCAGGCGUGUGCAGAACGGCGUGUGUGUGAGCAUAUGCUGCAGUGGGAGGGCCUUCCCUGCAAGGGCUGCCCCCUGCUCUUUCAUGCUGUCCGGGGAAGCGACCUGAGGGAGGAGGACAACCCGUCCCACUUCAACCCGGAAGAGAUUCAGCUGGUGCUGCACUACGUGGAUGUCCUGCUCGAGGGCAGCGACAAUUUCUCCGCGAUCAAGGAAGAAGACAUCGGAAUCGUGUCGCCUUACCGCCAGCAGGUGAUGAAAAUCUUGGCUGCGCUGAAUAAACGGGGGCGCAAGGAGGUCACCGUGGGAUCCACGGAGCAGUUCCAGGGUCGAGAGCGUCUGGUGAUCAUCAUUUCCACCGUUCGGAGUGAAGACAAACCUUCGGGAAGCGACUCCCUGAAGUCCCUGGGGUUCCUGACAAACGAAAAGAGGUUCAAUGUCUCCAUCACGAGGGCAAAAGCUUUGCUUAUUGUCAUCGGGAACCCCGACACCUUGAGUGGAGACCCUUGCUGGAGGAGCCUGGUAGAGUUCUGUAUCAAGAAGGGAGCCUACACGGAUGCCCCUUUGGCAGUGCCGACGGAGAGCUGCCCGAAACUUCCAAGCGUGGAGGAUCAACUCUCUAGACUUGUCAUCGGCGACGACACUUCCACCAGCAAGGAACAAAGGCCAGAUCAAUUGGGAUGGCAACACUAAAUGGAUCUGAAGAGUGCCAAAGGCGAACAACUUCCGUACCAGUGCCAACGGUGCUUUUUUUUACUCCACGCGUGCCUUUUGUUCCACGGUCGUCUUUUGCUACGUGGACUCGUUAUUUUGGGAACCAAAGAAAGCCAAAGAACUGUAUAGUAAGCACAUGAGAAAUUAAGUUUUGCAGUAAGUGGUAACUACAAUUUUUAGCCCUGUGAUGUUUUGUUCCACGGGCAUUUUGUAUUGUGAACUUUUUUACUUUGUGAACCGAACAAACCAAUAUACUGUACAUUAGUAAGAUUUAAGUUUUGCAGCAAGCGGUAACCAGCAUGUGGGCCGCAUCUGCAAUUUUUAGCCACUCUUUUUGUACCAAUUGUACAAGUUUUGAUGUUUUUAAUAAAUGAUCCUCCCGGUCCGAUUUCGCAA